AUGGACACCGACAACAGCGAGUGGGCCAGCGAGCCCAUUGCCGUCAUCGGCAUGAGUUGCAAAUUCUCAGGCGGCGCCAGCAACCCAGACAAGCUUUGGGACCUCAUGUCUUCAGGAAAAACCGGCUGGAGCGAAAUCCCAGACGAUCGGUUCAAUCUAAACGGAGUUUACCAUUCGAACCACGAAAGAAACAGCACGACGCAUGUUAAGGGGGGGCAUUUUCUUGACAAUGAUGUAGCAGCAUUUGAUGCGGCAUUCUUCAACUACUCUGCGGAGAUGGCCCAAGCAGUCGACCCGCAAUUCCGACUGCAGCUCGAAUCUACUUACGAGGCUCUCGAAAAUGCUGGUUUGCCUCUCUCACAAGUCAUGGGUUCACAGACGUCCGUGUUCGCUGGCGUCUUCACACACGACUACCAAGAGGGGAUAAUACGAGAUGAAGAUAGGCUGCCUCGGUUCAAUGUUGUAGGCACAUGGAGCCCCAUGUCAUCCAACCGCAUCUCGCACUUCUUUGACUUCCGUGGCGCCAGCAUGACCCUGGAAACGGGAUGUUCAACGACACUGGUCGCCCUCCACCAAGCAGUAAAUACCCUACGCAACCGUGAGGCCGAUAUGUCUGUGGUGACCGGCGCCAAUGUCAUGCUGAAUCCGGACACAUUCAAGGCCAUCGGAUCCCUGGGCAUGCUAUCACCGGACGGCAGGUCAUACGCAUUCGAUUCUCGCGCCAAUGGAUACGGCCGCGGAGAGGGCGUAGCCACCAUCAUCAUCAAGCGGUUAUCAGACGCGCUGGCUGCUAACGACCCCAUUAGGGCCGUCAUUCGAGAGACGGCAUUGAAUCAAGACGGCAAAACAGACACCAUUACGACACCAUCCGGUAGCGCUCAGGUAGAGCUCAUGCGGGAAUGCUACCGCCGGGCCGGUCUCGACCCACGCGGCACCCAAUACUUUGAGGCCCAUGGUACGGGAACUCCAACAGGUGACCCAAUCGAGGCGGGAGCCAUGGCUGCUAUUUUUGGCAUAGGUGAAGGCCGCGACAACAAGGAACACUAUCUACGUAUUGGUUCAGUCAAGACAAACGUGGGCCACACUGAAGCCGCCUCGGGUCUCGCCGCCAUCGUUAAAGGUGUAUUGUGCUUCGAGAAAGGGCUGAUACCUCCCACUGUGAACUACGAGAUCCCCAAUCCGAAGCUCAAGCUUGACGAGUGGCAUCUCAAGGUGGUGAGGGAAGUAGAACAGUGGCCCGAUAGUUUGGUUGACGGUCCUCGCCGCAUGUCUAUCAACAAUUUUGGCUACGGUGGAGCCAAUGCUCAUGUCAUUCUGGAGAGCGCCGACCCAUGGACUCUACCUUUGGACCUGGAUCUUAACCCCGUCAACGGCAACGGUAAUGGCACUCAUAUUGUAAAUGGCAAUGGUCAUCCCAACGGUAAGGGCUAUGAGAAUGGCAGUUAUCAUACCAACGACACCCAAGAAGACGCCAAGGUGCUUAUUCUUAGUGCCCGCGACGAGCGCGGUUGUCAGCAAAUGGUUUCAGACCUCAAGGCAUAUUUGGAAAAUCACAAGUCGCUUGGAUACAAGGCCUCGGAACAGUUGCUGCGUAAUCUCAGCUACACUCUGAACGAGCGGCGGACGCUGUUCCAAUGGGUUGCGGCACACCAGGUACGGCUGGAGAAAGACGGGACGCUUGACACCGCCAUCCAAGCCCUAGACUCGCCUCGAUUCAAGCCCAGCCGCCGAGCCUCGGACAGUCCUCGUAUCGGCUUCGUUUUUACCGGCCAGGGUGCGCAGUGGUAUGGCAUGGGUCGUGAACUAUUGACGUCGUAUCCUAUCUUCCGCCGUUCUAUAGAGGAAGCCGAGGCGUACCUACAAGCUCUUGGUGCAGACUGGUCUCUCAUCGAGGAGCUGCAUCGCGAUGCAAAAACAACAAAAGUCCACGCCACGAAUAUCAGUAUUCCCCUCUGCGUAGCGGUGCAGAUCGCAUUGGUAAGCCUGCUUGAAUCGUGGGGCAUCACGGCAUCGGGCGUUGUGAGCCACUCAUCGGGCGAGAUCGCAGCUGCCUUCGCCGUGGGUGCCCUCACACAUCGUCAGGCCAUGGCCACGGCUUACUACCGUGCCAUGCUGGUAGCAGACGAGACAAACCGCGCACCGGGUGCUGCCAAGGGUGCUAUGGCGGCGGUUGGCUUGGGUGUUGACGCAGUGCAGUCGUACAUCGAUAGACUGACGAAGGGUAAAGCUGGUGUCGCAUGUGUCAAUAGCCCGAAGAGUGUCACUAUUUCUGGUGAUGCUGACGCUGUUCAAGAGAUAGAGGACUUAUGCAAACAGGACGACGUCUUCGCUCGCCGCCUCAAGGUCCAGCAGGCAUACCACUCACACCACAUGGACCCAUUUGCUGAUGCUUACCGGGAGCGUCUUCGAAUCGAAAUGGCGCGAGAUGUACUGCAAACCGGCAAGCAACACCUGAACACAGCCACGCAAGAACUCAAGGCGGUUUUCUCUUCAGCGGUGACUGGUGGGCGUAUUACCAACAUCAAGGAAAUCGCCAGUCCCGACCACUGGGUUGGUAGUCUUGUGCAGCCUGUUGAAUUUGUGGAAGCCUUUACCGAAAUGGUUCUUGGGGAUCCGGAUGAUCCUACUGGAAGAAGUGUCGACGCACUGCUCGAGGUCGGCCCUCAUACGGCGUUGGGAGGACCUAUCCGCGAGAUCUUGUCCCUGCCCGAGUUCGAGGGCAUUGAUCUCCCAUACUGGGGUUGCCUGGUCCGCGACGAACACGCAGGCGACAGCAUGCGAUCAGCCGCCAUCAACCUGUUUCGUCAAGGGCAAUCUUUGGUCAUGGACCAGAUCAAUUUCCCCGUCCCUGCGUAUGACGAUGAGGGCCCUCAGGUCCUCACAGACUUGCCAUCUUAUCCCUGGAAUCACAGCAUGCGUCACUGGCAAGAGUCAAGAAUCAACAAGGCCAUUCGCGAACGUAGUCAGCCCCCUCACGAACUUCUCGGUAUGCCCGUCGCAGGCAAUGACCCUAGUGCAGCCGUGUGGCGCCGCAUCCUGCGCGUUAACGAGACCCCAUGGGUUCGCGAUCACAUGGUGCAAGGUAGUAUUGUAUAUCCAGGGUCCGGCUACAUUUGUCUAGCAAUCGAAGCUGCCAGGCAGUUAGAGAAGAUAGCUGCCGCUGAAGGUGACGAUUCCAGUAGUAUUAUAUCGGGAUUCCGCCUUCGCGAUGUCAACUUCCUUUUCGCGCUCGUUAUUCCGGACAACGCGGACGGCGUUGAGAUCAGAACUACACUUCAGGCCGUCCCUGAGCGUGAAAUUGGCGUUCGUGGUUGGCGGCGAUUCGAGGUAUCGUCAGUCAGAUUGGAUAACCGAUGGACUUUGCACGCCAAGGGCAUGAUUAUGGUCGAGCGGAAGACAACAGCCUCGGAGACGACAGAGCGCCGUCCGUUGUCAACUUAUACCCGCCAUCCAGACCCCCAGGACUUGUUCGCCAACCUUAGGGCUCGGAGCGUCUACCAUGGCCCCCUGUUCCAGAACACGGCCAAGAUUGUUCAGGAUGGUCGGGAGCCUCGAUCUGUAUGCGAUAUCACGGUCCGUCACGAAGCUUCGACCGACACAGACCCGGUGGUGGCAGCUCAGAACACCUUGUUACACCCAAUAACGCUUGAUGCCGUCGUCGUGGCCUUUUACUCUGCACUCCCGAGCGUUGGGGCUCUGCAGGAUGACCCCAAGCUACCGCGGUCUGUCGCAUCGAUGUGGGUGUCAAGCGACAUCAGCCGCGAGAUCGGCCACACCUUGCGCUGCGAUACCUCGCUGCUGCAUGAAGAUGCUCAAAGCGGUGUCGCUGACAUAACAGUGUUUGACGGGGAGACAGACGCAACGGUACUCAAGAUCAAGGGUGUUGAGUUGGCGUCUCUGGGGCGUGGAAGCGGAGCCACCGCUCGCCAGGAUGCAGCAAACAAGGGCGGAAACGCCUUUAUCAGCAAAUGGGAGCAAGAGGUGUGCAGCAAACUUGUUUGGGGACCCGAUCUUUCUCUUCGAAACCCGUUGGCUCUCGAACAGAUCAAGAAGCAACUCGUUCGCAAAGGUUCGGAUGUCGAAGCUGGCACUGUCAGAGACCUAAAUCGGUUGUGCGUUUACUUUGCUCGCGAUAUGCUCGAAAAACUCACUUCAGAGGACGUAACCCAACUGCAGGAGCAACCGCACUUGGCCAAGUACUACACAUGGCUUCAUGAAUUGACUGCCAAAGCCGACAAGGUAUGGGUGCUGGACGAGUCUGAGAAGCGUCAGCAAUUCAUCACUGCUACUGCCACUCAAAGUGUUGAUGCAGAGUUGAUCUGCCGUCUCGGACCCCUCCUCCCAUCUAUCCUUCGUGGUGAGCUCAACGUGGAAGAAGUGGCUGAGUUGAUACAUGAUUACAACGCCAAAGCCAUGCGUCGCUCAUCAGCACUUGGACAGCUCUCCAAGUUGUUGCAAAAGGUCGCACACAAAACCCCCGGUGCCCGCGUCCUCCAAAUCGGUAACAAUACUGGCGCCAACGUGACACGCUUCUUACUGGAGUCGCUUGGCACGCCCAAGACGUCCUUGGUGGAAAGCUGGCACAUAACCGAGCCAUCUUCGGAGUCUUUUGAGGUAGCCCGUGGUAAGCUUUCUGAAUGGACCAACUUGGUUGAGUUCGACCAACUGGACCUCGAUCAGAGCCUCUCCAAGCAGAAAUUUACCCCAGGCAGCUACGAUAUUGUUGUGUCUUUCCAAGGCCUUCGCGGCAUCAAGAACACGACUAGUGCUGUCGCUAAUGUGCGCAACCUGCUGAAGCCAAGCGGCACGUUUCUUUUCGCUGAGACGACCAAAGACCAGGCCGAUGUAGAUUUUAUCUUUGGGCUGCUACCGGGCUGGUGGCAGAGCCAGGAUGGUUCAGAUCACACGACCAUUACAACAUCCUCCUGGGAUAAUAUACUCCGAGACGCUGGUUUUAGUGGUGUGGAUCUUGAAGUUCCUGACUCGGAGAGUGACAUGAUGCAUACUAAUAGUAUCAUCAUGUCCACUGUGCCAAUCACUGAGGAGCAGAAGCUGAAACUUGAUAAGGCGAGCGACCAAGACAGGUUUGUCGUGGUCAGCAGCAAUAAGACGCCUCUACCACUAGGCUUUGUUGACCUCCUUUCCCAGCGCAUCCAAGCUUUGACCGGUCAUGAUAGUGUCGCUCCCGAUCACCUCAUUCUCGAGAAAAGCAGCCUCGACAAGUACAAGAACAAGAUUUGUGUUUUUGUGGGCGAGAUUGACAAACCAAUUCUGGAGGAUCUCGGUACAGUCCUUAUGGAAGGCGUCCGCGCCAUGGUCACACAAUGCAAGGGACUGCUAUGGGUUACGACCGGUAGCACCGUGGAGAGCGAGGCGCCUGAGCGGGCUCUUUCCCACGGCUUUCUGCGUGUAUUGCGAAACGAGUACAUUGGUCGUCAUUUCCUAUCCCUGGACCUUGAUCCUGUUCAUGCGAAGGAUGGAUGGUCUUCGGGAGCAGACGUUGCCAUUUCGACGAUCGAACAGGUACUUGGAAAGGGAUUCGACCAUGCCAAGAAUGAAGCUUUCCCGUCCGAGUUCGAGUACGCCGAGCGUGACGGUGUUUUACACGUUCCCCGAUACUACAAAGACGACAAGUAUAAUGAUAUGGUAACUGGCCCGCUCGUGCCGAGCUGGACUGAGAUGCUACCAGUAGCCAAGGAUGAGAAGGGAAGUGCUAACCCUUCUACCAACCUUCCUCUGGAGCCUCUAUUCCAAGCAGACCAGUUCUUGCGGCUGGAAGUGGGCAUCCCGGGACAUUUGGACACAUUGGCUUUUGUCCAUGACGAGAAACAUGAUGAGUCGUUGGCACCUCAGUUUGUCGAGAUUACCCCUCGGGCCUACGGAGUUUGCUCGCGAGACGUUAUGUCCGCUACGGGCCAGAUCAAAGAUCGCUCUAUGGGACUUGAAUGCGCGGGUAUCAUCCGACGCGUUGGUACUGAGGCUCAGCAAAAGGGCUACAAUGUUGGCGACCGUGUUAUGGCACUUACGACUGGCGCAUCUUUCGCCAACUAUGUCCUUGUUCCGUGGCAUGGCGUCAUCCAGGUACCAAACGGCAUGGACUUUACUGCUGCUGCGUCAAUUCCCCUGGCUUUUACCAUUGCGUAUGCUGCCCUCAUCGACACCGCGUGUCUGACAGCUGGGCAGUCGGUGCUCAUCCACGCCGCGGCUGGAGCCAUCGGGCAAGCCGCCAUCAUGCUGGCGAAGCGUCUCGGUGUAACGGAAAUCUACGCAACUGUUGGGUCGCAGGAAAAGAGAGAACUUCUCCAACGCGAAUACGGCAUCCCUACCGAGCGUAUUUUUUCCAGCCGCAACGCGUCUUUCGGUGCAGCCAUUCUUGCUGCCACCCACGGACGUGGCGUCGACCUUGUGCUCAACUCAUUGCCUGGUCCUUUACUACAGGCAAGUCUCAGUGUAGUCGCGCCUUUGGGCUACCUGGUUGAAAUUGGCAAGAAAGACAUCGAGAGCAACAGCCUAGUGGCUCUAGAAUCAUUCUCUCGCGGCAUUUCCUUCAUAACCCUAGAUGUUCCGACACUCCUGCGUCGCCGUGGACCGGAAGUCCAUCGCGCUCUUGAUGAGAUUGUCCGCCUUUUGGAACAGCAGGCGGUGAAGCCGGUUCAACCCGUCACUGUUUUCCCCAUGCAAGAUGCUCAGGCGGCAUUCCGCUUCGUGCAGACGGGCGCACACUUGGGUAAGGUUGUGCUCUCGGCCAGAACAGACGAACUCGCCCACGUUGUCCCUCAGCCUAGGGGAGUUACAGCUCGAACCCGCCUUCGACCUGAUUCAUCUUACCUCAUCGUAGGUGGUGUGGGUGGUAUCGGACGUUCAGUCGCGCACUGGCUGGUAGCUCAUGGUGCGAAGAACCUGAUACUGUUGUCUCGCAGCGCCGGUGAUCUCGACCAUGACAAGAACAAUAACACUGAUGGAGCGCUAUUCAUCCGCGAAUUGCGCGAGGCUGGUUGCCGAGUGAAGCCUGUCAGCUGCGACAUCGCCAUUCCCAGUUCACUGACCAUGGCUCUCAGAGCUUGUGAAGAUGACGGUCUUCCUCCGGUGCGUGGCGUUAUCCAAGGUGCUAUGUUGCUACGUGACGCCAUCUUUGAACAAAUGACACUCGAUGACUGGCACAGCGGCCUGCGACCGAAGCUGUACGGCACCUGGAAUCUGCACACCGAGUUCUCGCAGCCAGGCUCAUUGGACUUUUUCGUCAUGCUAUCAUCCGUCUCGGGCGUUGUCGGUAUUGCUUCGCAAACAAACUACGCUGCAGGCGGCUCCUACGAAGAUGCUAUGGCUCGCUGGCGUCAAUCCCGAGGCCUACCCGGCGUCGCAAUCGAUCUCGGCCCCAUCUCCGACAUAGGCUACGUGUCGACCUCGGCCAAAGUCGCAGAGCGCCUGCGCAAGGAUGGAGACUUUGCUAUGCUCGACGAAGACAUGGUCCUCCGCGCCCUCAACGCUGCCGUUUUGCACCCGCUCGGCGCACGCUCUCAGAUCAUUGUUGGUCUCAACUCCGCCCCAGGACCUCAGUGGGACGCAAAUGGCCGCUCUCAGCUGGGCCGUGACGCGCGAUUUUCACCCCUGCGACCGCGGACCAAAGCCUCCGCGCGACCAACCGAUGGUGAGAGCACUGGUACGUCCCUCGCCACACAGCUUGCCGAGGCCAGUGACCAAGAACAAGGAGCGGAGCUCAUUGGCGCGGCCAUCGCCACUAAACUUGCGGAUAUCUUCAUGACCCCAGUUGCAGAGAUCGAUCUUAGCAAGCCCCCGGCUCACUUUGGGGUUGACUCGCUGAUUGCGGUGGAGUUGAGAAAUAUGCUUGUCUUACAAGCUGCGGCAGACAUUUCAAUUUUUAACAUUUUACAAACGUCGAGCCUUGCCGCUCUGGCAAAGUUGGUAGCUGAGAAGAGCCAGCAUUUUCAAGAAGCUUAG